CCGAGCGGACCUGGCCAGGCUGCCCGGGUCUUCACCGACCAGCAGCGACCUCUCUGCCGCAUUUUCUGAAGGGGGGAGAACACCCAGGCUUCAGGGACAGUGCCGCUCAUGUGUAUUUACCCACCCGUGUAUCUGUGGGCUUAAAGGACGGGAGGACCGAGCGAUGUCUGCGCCGGGUUUCACCAACCUGAACAGCUCCGUCAGCUACAGCCAGAGCUCAGCGUCGAACGGCGGAGCGGCGCCCCGCUACCACAACGGUCCAGUACAGACAUACCAGUCCAUGCAUCCAGCUACAGGCUGCUAUGGAGCCCCACCUCAGCAACAGAGCUACCCCACCAUCCCUGCCCACUCCACUCCUGUUCCCAACAAAGCACCUAUCACGAACAGUGCCCACAGUGCUAACUACUACCAGAGCAACCAUCAGCAACAGCAGCAGCAGCAGCACCUCUCUCAGCAUCAUGUAGCACCCUCCCCAUACAGUGCUCCCUCAAACUCUGCUCCUCCUUCUCAGCCAUAUGCCACCCUCCCUUCUUCAGCACCACCGCCAUCAAAUGCCCACUACAACCAACAGCCAUUCCAGCAGCAGCAGCACACACCGUAUGCCACUCCAGGAUCCUACUAUGGACAGCAGACAUACCACCCUCCCCCAGCACAGCACUCUCAACAACAGCAGCAGCAGCAGCCCAGUUUGGUGCCUGCACCAGCUGGCGCCCCUGGAGCUCCAGUCUACCCAAUUGUUUCGUACCCUUCUGCACCAGGAAGUAGCCAAUACGGCACCCUGAGUUCCUCCCAGAGCACCUCCACACAUGGAGUCAUGCCCACCCAGAUGAGUGCACCCCUGCAUCAAUACAGCACCUCUGGGUACAGUGCGGCUCCUCCUAGUCAGCUUGCGCCGACAGUCAAUGGUCAAGGAAGCACAGUCCACCAACACUAUGACCAAAGCCACCAGGCUUCUCUGAACUACGACUCCUAUGGCGGGGUGAUACACAGCAGUGGUGGCACAGACGGACCGCCCUCAGGAACCCCCUCCACUUCAGUCCAUUCCUCGCCGGGCCACCAAGGCAUGCAGUAUGGAUAUGUUGCUAAUAGUGGAGCUAGCUCUGCCUCUGCCACCACCUCAGGCCCAGCCGCUGCCCCCUCGUCAUCCAGCUCUGAGGAUGAUGAUGAUGAGGAGGAGGAGGAGGAGGAGGAUGAGGAAGCAGGUGGUGACACUUCCUCUUCCUCCACUGGCAGUGCCUCUCCGGUGCCCAACAGCUAUGAUUCCCUGGAAGGGGGCAGCUAUCCAGAUUCCAUGCCGCCCUCCAACGAUAUGACCAACCAGGCGGCGCCCUAUGGGAGCUAUCAUUAUCCCAGCAUGCAGCCGGCCUAUCAGCAGGGGGCGGCCUCUCAUGCUGACGCAUCCUCUACUCUUGACCCAUACAGCCAAUCAAGCUACCAGCAGUACCCCCAGCCGUUCCCAAACCUGUCCCAGCUGUCUGCAGCACUGGGGGGGCUGAGCGGGGUGCCGGAGCUGGAGGUGGAGGCCCUGAGGCCGGUCAACCUGCUGCAGGAGAGGCACCUGCUGCCCCCCAGACCCCUUGAGGCUCCUGAACCCAACCUCAGCCCUGACCUUAAGAAGGUCAACUGUAGUCCACAGACAUUCAGGUGCACCCUGACCAGCAUCCCUCAGACCCAGGCUUUACUCAACAAGGCCAGGCUCCCUCUGGGCCUCCUCCUCCAUCCCUUCAGAGACUUGCAGCAGUUACCAGUGAUCACGUCGAACACGAUAGUGCGCUGCCGAUCCUGUCGCACCUACAUCAAUCCAUUCGUCACCUUCUUGGACCAGCGCAGGUGGAAGUGCAACCUCUGUUAUCGGGUCAAUGAUGUUCCAGAUGAGUUUAUGUAUAACCCAGUCACCAGGUCGUAUGGGGAGCCUCAUAAGAGACCAGAAGUCCAAAACGCCACCGUGGAGUUCAUCGCCUCCUCAGACUACAUGUUGCGGCCCCCACAGCCUGCAGCCUACCUGUUUGUCCUCGACGUGUCUCACAAUGCUGUGGAAGCGGGCUACCUGAAGUACUUCUGUGAAUCGCUUCUGGACAACCUGGAUAAAUUGCCAGGUGAUACACGCACCAGGGUGGGCUUCCUCACCUUCGACAACACCAUCCACUUCUACAACCUGCAGGAGGGACUGUCCCAGCCGCAGAUGCUGGUGGUGUCGGACAUAGACGAUGUUUUCAUACCAUCUCAUGACAGUUUGAUGGUGAAUCUGAAGGAAAGCAAGGAGCUGGUGAAGGACCUCUUGACGUCGCUGCCCGGCAUGUUCAGCCAGAGCAGGGAGACCCACAGCGCCCUCGGCCCGGCGUUACAGGCCGCCUUCAAGCUCAUGUCACCCACCGGCGGCCGCGUCACGGUGUUCCAGACCCAGCUGCCCACGCUGGGGGCCGGGUCGCUGCAGUCCAGGGAAGACCCCAACCAGCGCUCCAGCUCAAAGGGAGUUCAGCACCUCGGCCCAGCCACAGACUUCUAUAAAAAACUUGCACUGGACUGUUCGGGACAACAGAUCGGGGUGGAUCUUUUCCUGCUCAGCUCUCAGUACUCUGACCUGGCCUCGCUAGCUUGUAUCUCCAAGUAUUCGGCGGGCAGCAUCUUUUACUACCCCUCCUUCCAUUACAUCCACAACCCAGCUCAACUGGAGAAGUUCCAGAAAGAUCUGGAGCGCUACCUCACCAGGAAGAUCGGCUUUGAGGCAGUCAUGAGAAUACGAUGCACCAAAGGUUUGUCCAUCCACACGUUCCACGGUAACUUCUUCGUGCGCUCCACCGACCUGUUGUCUCUGGCGAAUGUGAACCCCGACUCUGCCUUCGCUGUCCAGAUGUCCAUUGAAGACUCUCUGGCAGACUCGUCUCUGGCCUGCUUCCAGGCUGCUCUGCUCUACACCUCCAGUAAAGGAAAAAGGCGAAUCCGGGUCCACACUCUGUGUCUGCCGGUGGUCAACCAGCUGAGUGAUGUGUACGCAGGAGCUGAUGUUCAUGCCGUCACUUGUCUGCUAGCUGACAUGGCUAUCGACCGGUCGAUAACGUCCAGCCUUUCAGACGCCCGUGACGCCCUGACGAACGCCGUGGUGGAUCUGGUGAGCGCCUACAAGAGCAACGUGUCGAACCUGCAGCAGUCCGGCCUCGUCCUCCCCGCGUCCAUGCGCCUCUUCCCCGUUUACAUCCUUGCUCUACUCAAACAGAAAGCCUUGCGGACAGGCACCAGCACGCGGCUGGACGAGCGAGUCUUCGCCAUGUGUGAGUUCAAGACGCAGCCACUGCAGCAGCUGAUGCGGAUGGUUCAUCCUGACCUGUACCGGCUGGACAACAUGUCGGACCAGGGGGCGCUCCAUCUAAACGACACAAUUGUUCCCCAGCCUCAUCUCCUCCACCUGUCUUCUGACAGAGUGAGCAGAGAUGGAGCUUUCCUCAUGGACUGUGGCAACGUCUUUUAUCUGUGGAUCGGCAAAUGCUGCAAUGACAUGUUCAUCCGAGAUGUUCUGGGCUGCCCCAACUUCGCUUCAAUACCCGCCAACAUGAGUCACAUUCCUGAGCUGGAGACUCCUCUGUCUGAGAGAGUGCGAGCGUUCCUCGACUGGCUGCAGGACAACCGAGCAUUCAGCUCCAUGUUACACGUCGUCAAGGACGACCCUUCGGCUAAAGCUUCUUUCUUCCAGCACCUGGUUGAGGAUCGCUCGGAGUCGGCUUCUUCCUACCAUGAAUUCCUGCAGCACGUUCAGCAGCAAAUAUCCAAGUAGGCCCCCAUCAGACAGAGAGAAACUCUGGCCGCUAGAAUCCUCGCGCCACAGCGAGGAAGGAUUCCGGCCUCAUAGAGUGAAAACUAGCGUUAGAAACGACGGACACCCAUCGCUCCUUCAGACCAGUUUUUAGCGAGGCGGGUCACCUCCCGUUCCUCCGAACAGUCUUAUUAAACAAAUCCACUCUCUGGGCUCGUUGGUCAGCCGGGAUUUGGCCAUCAGAAGGGAAGGAAGGUGAUAGAUGUAGAAAAAAAAUAAAGAGAUACAGAAAUAAAUAAAUGGAAACGCUCUUCCGGCGUCUCCUUGCUGCCUCUCAACCACUGUCAAACCCCCGUUUAGCCUCUCGUCGAUCCCGCCGCUCCUGAGAUAAGAAGGGGAAAGUCGAGCCAAGAAGAUGCCACUUCAACAUGUUUUUAGUUUUGUUUUUGUGAGCCUCACAUGUAGCUAGUGCUGUCUUUUUUUCUUUUUUACUAUUAUUUUAUAAUUUAUUCCCCCUCCUCACUCCCUUAGUUUGAUUUCAUUUUGAAUACACUGGAGAACAGAAACGAGCACUCCUUCUGUUUUUUUUACGGCAUGAAAUACGAAACGCAUGUCACCGUUUUCUUUGCUGCUAGUCUGAGCACAGACGACAACCAGUCUGUGUUAACGGGAAUAUAAUUCGACAAUGGUUGGAUGUUGAAAACCCCCCUGUUGGCCCCCCUCCUCUCUCCACCGUGUGAACUCCUGAUUUGUCGAGAUCAAACUUCAAAAAGCCCCCCCUCCCCCCUCCCACUCCACUGUCAACAAUCUUCUUCUAAUUUGUUUUAUUUUUUCCAGGCGCUAACUGAAGUUGUUAUCCACUUUGUAACUAUUGAAAAAGAAUCUUUUAUGUGCGAUAAUUUAUGAACCAGCUUAUUAAAUAAAAAACAAAAACAGAACUUUGCUUGUUUCGUGUCAUGGUGUCAGCAGUGACAUUAAGAAUAACCAAGAUUUAUUAAACAGCUGAUACAGUAAAUGUGAUGAAAAACCGGUUUCACACAACUCGUGUUCCCACGCUAACAGACUUUUAUGUUUGAAACGGGCUGAUGUAAUGUCACGACUCUCUGACUUCAUGUGACUGUUCAGGACCUCGACUAAAUGUUUUCAUGUUUCGACACGUUUACAUCAUCCUCACUCCCUCCACUUUACAUCUCAGUGAACCUUGUGACUCCAUAUAUUUUUCAGAAUAUUUGAC